AUGGUUGAAAUUGACAAAUCGGAAACUCAGUUCAUUGAGGAUAUCAACACUUCCAAUAACUCAUCAAAUGAAUCACCAAAUAAUGAUUUCAGUGACUUGAACGAAACAAAGCUUUUACGAAAAAUGGAUCUUCAUAUAUUACCUGUGAUUUCAGUCUUAUACCUGUUGGCAUAUCUAGAUCGUGGUAAUAUAGGAAAUGCCAAAAUUGAAGGUCUACCAGAGUCAUUGAACCUUUCCAGUUCUGAAUAUAAUAUUUGUCUUACUGUGUUUUUUCUCACAUAUGCAUCAUUUGAAGUUCCAUCUAAUAUGCUUUUGAAAAAAAUCGGCAAGCAAAGUGUCUUUUUACCUACUAUUAUGCUCUGCUGGGGAAUUGUUAUGGUUUGCAUGGGUGUUGUUCAAAACUACGCUGGUUUACUUAUUACAAGAUUAUUAUUGGGUUUGUUUGAGGCUUCAUUAUACCCUUCUAUUGUAUUUUGUUUAACGCAAUAUUAUUGUAAACGUGAGAUGCAAUUCAGACAAGCUAUUUUACAUGGAUCAGCUUCAGCUGCAGGUCGUUUCUCUGGAAUCUUAGCCUUUGCAAUUGCUAAGAUGAACGGUGUUGGGGGUUAUGAAGGUUGGCGUUGGAUCUUUAUAUUGGAAGGUUUACUUACCGUCAUUGUUGCUAUCUCAGCUUAUUUUUUAUUAUAUGACUACCCUGAUACAGCAAAGUUUUUAACUGAAAGGGAACGUGAAUUCAUCAUUUGGAGAUUGAAAAAUGAUUCAAAUCCUUCAAAAAAUUUGAAUGAUCUUGAUUCAUUUUCAUCAAGAGAAAAACCUGACUUUCAAAAAUUCAGUGAAGCUGAUGAUUUGUCCCUCAAGAAAUCAUUAGUUGCAGCAUUGAAGUCGUAUGAAGUAUAUCUUUAUGUUCUCACUUAUUACGGGGUGAUUGUUCCAACCUAUGGCUUUGCAUUGUUUCUUCCUUCUGUUGUUAAGGAAUUAGGUUAUACAAGCUCAACAGCACAAUUAAUGACAGUUCCAAUUUAUGUCACCGCUUCAAUUGUUUCAAUCAUAGUUGCAUAUUAUUCAGAUAAAACAGGGCUAAGAUCACCAUUCAUUGUUGGUAGUUUAUUUCUCGUUAUGCUUGGUUAUAUUUUUGCACUAGUGGGUGAGGAGAUUGGUUAUCCAAACUUGAUCUAUGGUGGUGUUUACAUUGCAGGAAUUGGUGUUUAUUCAGCAUUCCCAGGUGCAGUUAGUUGGUUAGUUAAUAACCUGGCAAAUUCCAGGAAAAGAGCUAUUGGUUUGGCUUUACAAUUAGGAAUUGGGAAUUUCGGUGGUGCUUUUGCAUCCAAUUUUUACAUUCCAGGGAAAUAUUCUAUGGGACAUGGUUUGGAAAUUGGGUUUUCUAGUAUGGGAAUCAUUGUUACUGGGAUUAUUGUCUUGUACAAUCAACGUUGUAACAGAAAAAGGCAACGUGAUUUGGCUAAUGGGAAAUAUGAUGAAAUAUAG